UGCGAAAAAUACGAAGAGAAUCCUACCCACUUGUUAAAAAAUAUCACAGCAACACACACACAUAUCACACCACUGUUCACAUAAUAUUUUAAGUAGGAGCCUAUUUGUUCUUUGGCCCCAUUUUAAUAAGAAGUAAUAUGUGACAAUAAAUCCAUUAAAAAAAUAUUCACUAAGAGCUGCUAAAAUAUACCAGCAUGCCUAAGAUUCUAUUCAUCAGUAUACCUAACAGUUGUACAGCCAUGCUGAACCUCUCACGACUUUGUCAAUGUAAGCAGUCUCUAAAUGCAGUGCAAAGUAAACUCCUGGUGUCAUCUAGAAAUGGCUUCAGUAACAGUAUUAUUUCAAGGCAAAUUAUCACAACUACAAAAACGCACAGAUAUAACAUCCUAGGAAGGUUAAGUCUAAGCAGCACAAUAAAAUCAAACAGUAUUAUAAUGCGAUUUUGCUCUUCAACUCCUAAACCGAAGACGUCAAAAGCAGUUGGAUACUGGCUACUAGGAUGCAGUGGUAUGGUCUUCACUGCUGUAGUACUAGGUGGCGUCACCCGACUGACAGAAUCCGGUUUGUCUAUGGUCACGUGGAGACUCCUCGGAGAGAAGAUGCCCACGAAUGAAGAGGAGUGGCAAAAAGAGUUCGAGAAGUAUCAGCAGUAUCCAGAGUUUAAAUACAAAAAUCAGAACAUAACAUUCUCAGACUUCAAAUGGAUAUGGUACAUGGAGUUCGCUCACCGAACCUGGGGCCGAGCCAUCGGAGCCGCCAUGUUCCUCCCCGCCGCCUACUUCUGGUACCGGGGAAUGCUCCUCCCGGACAUGAAGAUCAGGGUCGCCGUAUACUGCGGCUUAGUGGCUGCUCAGGGGCUGAUGGGCUGGUACAUGGUGAAAUCAGGAUUAGAAGACAGGUUCCAUGGACCUUCAGAUGUCCCGAGGGUCUCGCAGUACAGGCUCGCCGCGCACUUAAGUCUGGCGUUCAUAUUGUACGCGGGAUUAUUAGGCGGAGCCCUGAGGGUGCUCCGCCCCUUCCCGGCGGCGGCUACUUUGCAGAAAAUCAAGGAGUUGAAGAGCAUCACCGGCCUCGCGCACGCCGUCAAGGCGAUGACAUUCAUCACGGCCGUCUCCGGAGCGUUCGUGGCGGGUCUAGACGCGGGCCUGGUCUACAAUUCCUUCCCCAAAAUGGGAGACAAUUGGCUUCCCGAUGACAUCUUGGCAUUCUCGCCCACAAUCAAGAACUUUACCGAGAACCCGACUACCGUGCAGUUCGACCACCGCGUGCUGGGCGCCAGCACCCUGGCGGCCGCCACCGCGCUGUGGCUGCUGUCGCGCGGGAGGCCGCUGUCCCCGGGCGCCCGGGCCGCCGCGCGCGCACUCGCCGCCAUGGCCUGGAUGCAGGCGGGGCUGGGCGUGGCCACGCUGCUGUGCUACGUGCCCACUGCGCUGGCGGCGAGCCACCAGGCGGGCUCGCUGGUGCUGCUGUCGCUGGCCGUGUGGCUCACGCACGAGGUCAAGCUGCUCAAGUACAUACCCAAGUAGUAGGGAGGACUUGCACUAAACGAUUCAAUACUUUUCUUAAUCGAGUCAGUGUCAUCAGUCAGUGAAAGAUUACCAGCAAAGAUUAUAAUUUUUUUUUUUAUUAUUGUAAGCAUAGAUAGA